AUGUUUUCUGCAGUUGCUCACGUUUACAGUAUGGGUAUUUCAAACACCCUACUGGAUUCCUCUGAUGUGUCAUAUUUUUACCCUAAAUCAGAUCGUGCUUCAUUAUCUUACGAUAAUGAAGCUAAAUUUGAAACUUUACUGCCCGCUGUCAAGGCAUCAUUAAGUGAAAUUGAAGAAGCUGCUAAAGUGAAACUAAAUACAAUAACGUAUCGCUAUUUAGUAAAUAGCUCGUUAGAAAAUAAAAAUAUCAAUAUUGAAACAUUUGAAAAACCAAACAUAGAGAGAAAACAUAGGCUUUCUCCGCUGUCUUCGAGAAAUUUCUCCGUUGAAAGUAUGAACAGCGAUCUCAGUUCUAUUACCUUUGAUAGAAGCUAUUCAAAUAGUUCCUCCUCAACGAGCUCAGCUUUAGAUGAUUUUCCAAAAGUGUCAAAUAAAAGACAAUAUAGACGUACUCCACAACGCGAUUCAAUUAAGAAGAAAAUGCUCCGUGAAAGUUUGGAGCAGAGAAGAAAGUAUAUCUGUAAGACUUGCUCGAAGGGCUUCACUACGUCAGGCCAUCUUGCAAGACACAAUAGAAUACACACUGGUGAGAAAAAUCAUGAAUGUCCUUUUGAAGGUUGUCAGCAACGAUUUAGUAGACAGGAUAAUUGUUUACAACACUACAGAACACAUUUCAAAAGUAUUAUGCCAAAUUACAAGGAUGAAUGUACUGAAGGUGAAAUUUUCCGUCCACAGAAGACAUUCACCUAG